UCAUGAAAUAAUGAAAUGUAUAGGGAAAAUUGAGCUGGAUUAUAUUGACUGCAACACCAGAAACGAAUACAAAAGAAGAUAACUAGCAGAUAUUCGAGAGAUCUGCAAACUCUCCCAAUCCAAAGAGCAAAGCUCUGUGCAAAAGAAGAGAAUCCCGCUAAUCCACAACUCCUUUCUCUUUUCCUUUUAUACUCCUACCAUACGAAUUACAAACCAACUUCCCCAACAAACUCUUCCCCCCCAGCUAUACGCUUAAACCAAUUCCCAAAAACAAGGCGCGAAUUAAAACCAGUGACGAGUGCCGCUGACCACAAUUAACCUUCUGCCCCUUGCUUCCUAUGGCGUCUCACAUACAUAAAACUUAUUGGAGUCUUAUCAGGUCGCUGUGGGGACUGCAAUAUCAAUUUCACAUAUAAACCCUGAAUUUUCUUCCUGCUAUGCUCUCCAAGUUCCUUAAGAUACUAUGUAUAUGAGGAUUGAUCGUAAGGAAUGCCUGCUCAUUUAAAAGAAGCUUACAUGCCUUCUCUAGAGUUUGAGGAAGAUGCUAAGGACCCACUUGUGGAUCUCAGCUUAAAUGAUUCCACAGAACUUUGGCUCAUUCAAUGGCCUAAGAAUCAAAAUCCUGAUUUUGAUGGGCAGGAAUUAACACUCAAGCUUCACCAUGACGGGAACUUGGGCAGCUUCAAGGGUUCAUCUGGCAAAGAAUAUGAUGUGGUUAGUUUUGCGGCUCAAGAACCAAAUGCAACUGUGUUUGUAUCUUCUGCAUCGGGCACAAAAAUUGCUGGGAAGAUUUCACGACGUGUUUCCCUUGUACAUUAUUCGGAGCCUCACGAACUGGAAAAGCUCCAUUCCAGCAAUCUGAAACAAAUGUAUCAGAAGUCUUCUAGCAUUACAAUGACCAAGUCUUCCCACCAGCGUGGAUCUCCUGCACAAAGUUAUCGGCGAAGAAACUCAGGGUCCGCGAGUGGACGUGCAGCAGCCUCCUCGCAUAGUAGCCGGCAUAAAAGUUCUUUAUCUGAUGUUGGAGAACCAUCAACAGCUCCAAGCAAAAGUCAUGUGCCUGAACCCAGUAGAUCAAACGACCACUCUACUCAAAACUCGGGGCGAGCUAGUAGUGCAGUUACUUCUUCAGGGUCCUUUGAGCGCUCACAUCAAGGGAAAUCCAAGAAAAAGAAAAUCGCCGAUUAAGGUUCCUCUUCGACUUCUGCUCUGAUUAUGUACAACAAGAAAUUUGUAUUUUGUAGUGAUUGAGGUUAUCCUCUAAUUAUUUUAGUCAGUAUCUUCAGAAUCACCAUUACUAAGCGGUAAGAUUUGCAGUUUCUCUGGUUUAGGAGUAUCACUUUUUUUUAACCCUGAUUUCGUUUUCUAUAAAUUCUUGAUUCAUUUUGCCCGACCAUCAAUUUUGAUUGUGAAACCAGUCACUGUAUCACUUGGCUGAGAGUUUAUUCAGUAAUUUAUCUCUAAGCCCUGUAACUCCUGAACUCGAUGCCGAUGCACUGCUACGCGUUUCAAGGUGAUUAAUCUUGGAUUAGUGGCAAGAUUAUACAUCUUUUAGUAGCUUC